AUGAAUCAUUUAAGAAUGGAUCCAUUUCUUAAAUUACCAGAUGAAGUGUUGGUUCUAAUCAUCAAAUACAUUAAUGAUAAUUCGAAAAUUGAGACGUUGAUUUCAAUCCCGAUUUUACAAAAAUAUGCUUUACAAGCAAGGUAUUCCAGAUAUCAGCUUGAUCAAUUUAGGCACAUACCUUCUGAUAGAUCAAAUUCCCAACCUUCUGAUGGAACAAUAAAACAUUUAAAAGAGCUAUAUGAGGCGUACAAUUUCAAACCUUCCAGAAUAGUCAUUAAAGCUAGUAAAAUGCAUGAAUUAUUGAUGUCUCAAGAAGAACCUACAGACUCACAUCAGAAAUCCACUUUUCAAUUUGAAAAAAUGAAUCAAUAUCGUGAUGCUGAAUUUGAAAUAUUACUUACAGACAGUAUGGACGUCGAUUUGGAACUAAUUUUAAGAGAAGUCAAUGUGGUUGGGGUUCAUUUUUCAAAAAGUAAGCCAAAAGAUGCAAAUGCUGAGAGUGUAUUAAAGAAAUUUCUGCUUUAUUUUCAAGCUAUCCAAUUCAGCAAUAAUAAUAUUCAGAUUAUGUCAACGAUUUAUAAGAAUAGUCUUGAAGUUAAAUUUCCCACGUCUUUGAAGAAAUUGACGAUAGACAGUAGUUUUGAAAAAAAUUUUGAUACGAAUUUAAACGAUUUAAAAUGUCUUGAAUAUUUUGAUUGCAAAAACAUGUCAAGGGUGGAAUCGUUGGAAGCUCUUCAAUUAUCUUGGACAAUCAAAUCUAUUAAACUUAGAAACUGUGAAUUUAAAACUUUGGGAAACUUGAAGAACUACAAUCUUUUGAAGUGCAUUAAAAUCUAUCAUUGUGAUAAUUUAUAUAAUAUCAUCAAAUAUGAUUUCCCUCAAUCAUUAGAAAUUUUGGUAAUAAAAGUUAGUUUCAAGCAAGAGGUUACUGAAUUGUAUAAUUCUGUGAGACAAGGAAUAAAUAAAGAAUUCGAAUUAUCAGACUUCUCGAGAGAUGGAAAUUCUUUUAUUCUUGGAUCCAACUUCAAACUUCCUUCAAAUACAAAAAUUUUGAAGAUUGGUGGGAAUUCAAAAAUUUUUGAGUUGAAACCUAAUAUUUGCCUAGAACACCUUCACACAUUAAAGCUUUCCAAAGCCAAAAACAUUGAUCUAAACAAACUUUUUGCUUCUUUACCAGAAACUAUGAUAAAACUCAGAAUCCUUUCUUGUGAUAUAUUAAAAGUCGAUAAGUGUUUAAAGUAUCCCAAUAUCCAGCAAUUUUAUUUCUCAUUUAACAACGUAUCGAAUAUUUUCCAAUUAAAUUUGAAGCAGUGGAUAUAUUUAAAUAAUUUAGAGGUCGGAUGGAACACAUUGAUUGGACCCGGCAAUUAUCAGGAAAAGCUCGAUCCAUCUUGGUUUUUAAUGAAUGAGCUUGAUGUUUUUAAAGAAAUAAGUGAAUGUCCAAACAAAAAGAGGAAAGUAUGUACAGUAAUCAAAACAUUGCAAAUCGAUAUACCUAGUAUCACACAUUUGGGAUUAAUUAAAUCUCCGGAAGUUUCAGUCUUUGACAAUUCCAAUUGUGCAAUUCAUCUUCCUUCUCAAAUUUGUAUUAAAUGCUGCACAACACUAAACGCUUUGAUAUUGUCAGGAUUGAGCAUUCAAAUGUUGGAUUUGAACGAUUUACCUAAAUCUUUACAAAAAUUAACAAUCACGAAAUUUGAGUCACUACAAAUAAAAGGUAAAUUCAGUAAGCUAGAUCAAUUAACACACUUGGAUCUUUAUGAGAAUAAAUUCACAUAUUCAGUGUUGGCCGCUCAAAAGUUCCCAUCAAAUUUAAAAUCCCUAGACUUAUCUGAAAACAAGAUUGAAAAUUUGAGCUGCUUGAAUCUACAUAAUUGUAACAAAUUAAAAAUCUUAAUUUUGGAAAAAGUAACUGAAUUGCAAGAACCAAAUGGUGCUAAUGAAUUAAAAGAUUUUUUUAUAAAAUCAGUCGGUACUGAACAAAAAAGCUUUGCGAUCGUAACAACAUAUGAGUCAAAGAAGGUGUUUAGUGUCAUUAAUGGUGAAGAGAUUUUGGGAAACGUCUCUAGGAUAAACUAA